AUGUCGUCCAAGAAACCCAGCGACGCCAUGGCUAAGGUUCAGGGACCAAGCACCAAGGUCCCAGCGAGCCUUGAACCGUCCGAGACGGUUAUCAUCAGGUCAACGAGUCUACUGCUUCAGCAUUCGGGGGCAAUUGCCCAAGGGAAGGCUUGCCCAAUGGCCUCUGCACCGUGGGCAGCUGUCCCUGCCAAAGACACCUUCUUCGCCCUCGUGACGGGCGCAAACAGCGGCGUCGGGCUCGGCAUCUGUCAGCGCCUGAUCGACGAGUUCCUGACCACGCGGUCCCUGACCUCGCACCUGGUCCUCAUCCCCACGACGCGCGACACCCGCAAGUCCGACGAGACCACCGCCCAGCUGCGCAAGCACCUCCACAAGACUGCCUCCUCAGCCAAGCUACAAGCCCGGGGCGCCACGCCGGAGGCCACCCUCAGCCGCGUCCACAUCCUCUCCCUGCAGCUCGACCUGUGCAACUUCACCACGAUCCACCGGGCGGCGGCGCAGCUCGUCGACGGGACGGUAUCGCUGGACGGCGUCGAGGGCGGCGUCCGCAUCCCGCGCCUCGACGCCGUCAUCUUCAACGCCGGCAUCGGCGGCUGGACCGGCGUCAACUGGCUCAAGCUCGUGCACAACCUCUUCACCGCCGGCUGGAUCCAGGCCACCACCUGGCCCACCUUCAAGGUCGCCAACGCGGGCGCCACGGUCAACCCGCUGCCACAAAAUCGCGACGACAAGGACAAGGAGAAGGCGGUGGUGGGCCAGGUGUUCUGCGCCAACGUCUUCGGCCACUACCUCUUCGCGCACGCCAUCCUGCCGCUGCUCAGCAGGCGGCAGGACUCCUCCGACGCAGACAUCCCGCCCGGGAGGCUGAUCUGGGAGGGCAGCAUCGAGGCGGCGAACGAGCACUUCCGGGCGGACGACCUGCAGGCGGUGCGGACGCGCGCCGCGUACGAGAGCACCAAGCGGCUGACGGACCUGCUGGUGCUGACGGCGGACCUGCCGGGGGCGCGGGCGCACAGCGCGCCGUACUGGCGCCUGCCGGAGGACGACAACAACGACAACAACGCCGAGGGCAAGAAGGGGACGGCCCCCUCGCCAGCGACAGCGGCGGCGACAAUCAAGCCAAAGGUCUACCUGUGCCACCCGGGCAUCGUCGUCACCACCAUCCUGCCGCUGCCCUUCGUGCUGCAGUACCUGUGGACGUUCGCGGCGUACGUGGCGCGGUGGAUCGGGUCGCCCUGGCACACCAACACGUCGUACAACGCCGCGGCGGCCAUGGUGUGGCUCGCGCUCGCGGCGCAGGGCGCGCUGGACGGUGUGGGCGCGGGCGCGGUCAAGUGGGGGUCCGCGUGCGACAUACGAGGCAACGCACUGGUGAAGAAGACUGAGGUCGACGGGUGGGGGUGGGAGGGCAAGGUGGAGGAUUUGAAGGACGAUAAGGCGACGGGUGCGCUGAGGAAGAUCAAGGGCCGCAAGAGCGGAGCCCAGGCCGUCACUGAGGAGAAGAGGGUUGAGUUUGAGGAGACGGGGGCUUUGUGCUGGCGGGAAAUGGAGAAGUUGAGGGUGGAGUGGGAGGCGAGGAUGAAGGAAGCUGGGCUGGAUGGUCACGCAUAG